CUUUGUGACCUUGAAAGUGGGUCAAGGUAAUUCACCCUUCCACAUUGUUGUUAGCAACGCGGUUGCUAUACAAAUUCAGCCAAUCAGAGCGCGGGUUCGAUUGUUGGCCAUUACCUCCGACAACUUUGUCGGACAUUGACACGAGGGUAAAUACGAACGGCAGUGAAAUAAUGGUGAAGAAGUGCUCCUGGGGAACCUGCAACAGCGACAGCCGAUAUGCAGAAAGAUUGGAGAACGAUGUGACAUUUAUUCUCUUUCCAAAACCCUAAAACCAACCUAGAAACAUGCCUGAAAUGGGUGAAGGCUUGUGGACGACCCCAUUCGCAGCUUAACGCAACAAAUAUAGAUAGACACAAGUUUGUUUGUUCAAAGCAUUUAAUGAGUGAGUUGGGACCAUCAGAAGAAUACGUCGAUCCUUUGCCAGCUAAUGGAGGAGAAAUAAAAAGUGCCGCCUUCAUUGAAGACUCGGGCAUUCUGUUGGGCGAGUUAAUUUGACCAAGAAAACUGCUAAGGAAUCUGCUCUUAUAAUGAACAUUUCAAUUUUGACCAUAAUAUUAUUUUAUGUAUCAGUACAUUUGUAAUUAUGAUCAGUUUUUCAGUGCUAUAGAUUUUCCAAGUAGAAAGUAUUGUCCUGAUAGGAAAUAUGUUGCAGUGAAUCAGAUAAGCUAUAAUCGAUUAACUUCUUAAUACCUUGGUGUUUAAAAAUUUUGAUAAACAAAUUGUUAUUCCCAAAAUGUCAAGUGUGCAUACAUACAAAUUGAAAUAGACAUUCUAAAGUGAGAUUUUUUAUAUAAAUUCAUCCAGGGCAUGUAGUUAUACUGUAAGUGAUUGAUUUUAUUGAAAGAUUUAUCCCUUUCUAGUUUCUAACCAAUGAGUCUUUGGUGGGUUUUUCAACCAAUUCUCCAUGUCUUAAUGUUGUGAUAUAUCAAAAGAAGAAUACAUUGUGAUCAUAUUGUAAAUAAUUAUGGUUACACCUAAAUUGUUAUGUCUUGAAAACUCAUAAUAAAAUAGUUUCUUCAUUUCUUUAUUGUCAAGACACAGCAUUGAACUGAGCAAUGAUAUGGACGAUCCCCAGCCCACUUCAGUCCCAGUUAACACUCCAGACAGUACUGGCCAUGUAUCAGCACCACAGCAAGAACAUGAUCUUGUACAAACUGAUGUCCAAGGAACAUCUUUGGAACUGCUAUCAGCAGCAGCUGAAAUCAAGAGGCUACAACAACAAGUUCAUCAGUCUGAAGCCUUAUUCAAUGAAUACAGAGAGUGGUAUGAACAACAUGAAGCUACAUUGGGAAAUCCUGUAAGUGAUGACAAACCCAAACCACUGACUGUUCAGGGGAUUUUAAAGGAGGAAUCACAGAUUCAAGGAUUAUUUGAAUAUUAUACAGGAUUCAAAUUCUCAACAUUCCAUGCCCUACUUGACUUUCUCACUAUUCAGGCCCCACAAUACCAUAAUAACAGGAAAGACAUAGUUAACAUGGAGUGCGAGGAUAAACUGUUGUUAACAUUGAUGAGACUGCGACACAAUUUUGGUCUUAAAGAUCUGGCUUUUAUUUGCUAUCUCCACUCAAGCAGUGAUUUGCAGAACAGGAUGCGAACCUCUGGCAUACCGUGAAACUUUGUAAGUUCGCAAGUCCCUGGCGCAGAUGGAAGAAACUCGUAAACUAGGCCUACUGCACAUCAGAUCUUGUCACUCUUAGAUAUUGACGAAUGGAGGAAGGGUAAUACUAUAUAAUUUUGGGAAUGGGGCAUGGGGUAAUAAUGUACUGAUGAUUUGUUAUCAACACAGAAUUAAUGCUUUGUCAUUAAAAAGAGGACAAAAGGGAGGGAUACAUGUCUAUGUUAUGCCUUUAUGUAAGCUGCUAUUCACUUCAUUUGCAGAACUUGGACGAGUGCAUUAAAGGAAUAAUUAAAUAUAAUUAAUAUGACUAAUGUUUUAGACUUUUUAUUUCUUCACUGUAAACAGUACAUUUAGGAACAAAUGUUUUGAAUAGGGCCUACUCCCUUAUUUUAUUUGGAUGUAAUCGCACAGUACAGCAACAGAUGUCGGAGAUGACUGUUAACGUUAUCAAUGUCCACCUUUUGUUAUAUAUAAUUUUUACAUUUUGAAUGACUCAUUGACUGCCAUGAUUGUAUGUUAGGCCUGCACUACAGUCUGUAGUUUAGGGUACACACAUAUAUAUAGGGGGUUCAUAUAUGAUCAUAUUGCUAUAGGUAAGAACACACAUAAACAGUUUAACACCAGCUUGUCAUACUCGACAACUUUUUUAAAUGUCCAUCGGGGAGAUUAAAACAAAUGUAUGUACUGUACACCCUAUUAGGAAAUGGCAUAUUUU